CGCAGCGUAGGUGUUAGCAAAGCAACAUUGAACAAAAACCGAGCACAAUGUAUCGUGGCUGCAGAUGCAUUAUUCAUAUGAUUUUUAGCGCUGCAGCAGCAGGGUGUUGCCGUACGCGCUAGCAAGCAAACGAUAAAAGUAGCAAAAAGCAAAAGAAAACUAAAUCUCUAGCGAUGAGAAUCUUAGCCGAGAAUAAGCGAAUAAGAAAGGACAGCAAACAAAACCAAGAAGCAUAAUUAAACAACUUUAAGGGCCUCUUUCUAUUCUUACCACUCACUGCCCAUGAAUAAGUUAAAAGAAAAAAAAACAAUGAAGCAUAAACGUAAAACAGACAAACACUAGUAAAAAAUAGAACAAAGAAACAAAAGAACACGGCAUUGAAUCGAGACAUACAAUACAAUAACAAGCAAAACAACCAAACAAACAAAAAAAAGCAGUUAAAGCGACGCUAGCACAAUGUGGCUGGAAAAUGGUAGUGACAGACAGACAGAGACAAACAGAGAGAGAGAGGCGGGAGGGCUGAGAGAGAAAGAGAAAGAGAAAGAGAGCAAGAGAGUAUAGAACUCGCCGCUAUACAAAACAGACAACAUACAAAUAAAUAGUAACAUGAUGCAGAACAAAUGUUAAAAUAAAAGUGUAUAAUUAUGAUCAAUGCGUUUGCGGAUGGAAAUUCACUGAAUUAACUGUAAAAAAAAAGAAACAAAAACUCGACACAAACACCUUCACACGCGACACGGAUAUCGAAAGACACGCGUCACACGGCACGUGUUUUGUUUUUUUUUUUCGGGAGGAAUGCUGAAAAAUUAGCGAAAAAAAAAGGGAAUGCCACCGUCGUUCUGCUGGUUGCUGGGUUAAUGUGGGUAGUUGAUGAAAGCGUUGGCUGAAGAAGAUUUGCCGUUGAAGUACUGUUGAUGUUAUAUCCCCAAGGAAGAGGAAUUUGUUUUUUUAUUCUGUCUCUCUUUCUCUCUCUCUCUCUCUCUCUCUCUCUCUCUCUCUCGCGUGAAACAAAAGCAGCAUGUUUGCCGUUGCACUAUUAUUAAGUUUGGACCAGACCCUUGCUAGACGAUCUAGCAGAGCGUGCGUGUUGGUGUUAAUUUGUGUGAUUGACCAGGAGGGCAGCACGUGUCGUGUUGCUGUUGUUCGUUUAUGGAGAUGAAGAAGUUAUUUCCUCUCUAUGGUCCCAGCAUGUGCGCUGGGCUACGGUAUGGUGCGGAAUUAUUUCAAUAAUUGAGUUCAAGCUGGAUGCUUCAACCUGCACCAUCGAAGCAGACUAUCAGUCACGAUGGCAUUAAGCCGGUCGUCCUCCGCACUGCUUCGCGGAUGCGAGUGAGUGUUUAUGUUGUUCCGUGUACCAACUGCUUCACCACUCAGCAUCGGCUACUGCAAUUGGAUAGGUUAGAGCUACCCUUGGUCUCAAGGAUACGAGGCGCGCCUGCUGUGUUUUUGCUUACGCGCGUUCAACGUGUAAGCGAGGUCCUGAACCACGCGCUAGUAGCUGUGUUCAUUCUGCCACCAGGCUGCAAUCUCGAUGUUCAGAAUGGCGAAGGGCGAAGAGGGGAUGUAGAGUGAUACUCGAUAACGCUCUUUGUCCCGCUUCCUCCUCUCCUCCUUCCGAGGAUCUCAUUACCACCACCGAAGUGGAUGCUGCAGAGAUAUCGGCGAGAUAGGAUGUAACCAUGUUGCAAAGUAAUAAAUAAUCUAAGCUCACCUCCGACACACAUACCCACAAAAACACAGACACAGACGUACAGAGCAAGAGAACGCAAAACAAACAGUCAACCAGCAACAUGCAAACCAGUUGCAAAGACACGCUAGUAAACCUUAAACUAAACGAUAAGCGAGUGCAUCGAAGCAGGAUGUAUGGAGGAAGUGGCUCCGUAAGGGACGGAAUGUGGUGGAGAGGGAACAGCCAGACAGGUCUCGGUAGGACUCGCGGUGGGCAUAUUAAUUAAAUAUAAAUUACACAUUUAUUAUCAGCAGAAAACUCCCCGAAAAAACCCAAGAUCUCCUAACUGCAGCAUCAAGCGCAAUACAAGCCAUGUACCACAAACACACAUACAUACAGACACACAGACACACAGACACACAAACCCAACGCAGGAUGCGCCGCGCUGGGGACGAAGCAGCGAAGGGGUAGCAGAAGCAGAAGCGAACAGAAGCAGUCGCCGUCGCUGCUGAACGGGCGGUUUGCGUAAAAAUAGCGUAAAAUACCUUUUUGGAGCUUAGGGCAUCUGUAGAAAAUUACGAGUUAUAAGUAUUUUUUUAAAUAUAAAAUAAUAAAAAUCGAUCGAUAAGAAUCGUGGGCCAGGUGGCCGAGGUGGGAAGGGAAAGCGAAGAGGGAAGCGAGAAGGUCACCGAUGUUGCUGUUACAAACCGGGUUACAAUCGGACGGACCCAACGUGUGUAGGUGCUUGGGUCGGGCGUAUGAAGAUUUCAUCUUGUCACCCAAAAAACCAGACGCUCCAGGCCGCCUACACCUCCCGCUACCCGCUCUCCUUCAUUGCUCUGGCCACACACUCUCACCGUGUUAGGGUUAUAGUUGGCUAAGGACGCAAUCGCCUGGAGGAGGAGAAGGAGAAGGAGAAGGAGAAUGAUUUAUUAUGUUAGCGGUUAGUAACCGGAUACCUUGUUGUUAAGUUGUUAAAACCACACGAAUAUACAUUGCGCUCGUCGUCCGCGUGUCAUUGUAUGUGUGUGUGUGUGUGUGUGAGUGUGGGGGGGCACGUUUAUGCGAGAAGGAGUGGUGGAGGUGGUAAUGGGGGUCCUCCGGAUGAGGAUCUCGUGCUGUAGGGUUUUUGUUUCGUGUUUUGGUCCCGACUUGGUUCCGUUCCGUAUUGCCCGUAAUCCUUUGGCGUGUUCUCUCGACACACUUGUUUUUCUUACAGUUUCCCCCCCAACUAAAGUGUAAUGCUCUGCCAACGCAAUCCCACCCCCACAUCCCACCCAACGCCCAAAGGGGUGGAGUUUUUCGGGUGCAGACAUCGCGAGUCAUCCGAGGCCCAUUCGUAAAGGUAAAAGCUACGCUACAACGCUAGAACAACAACAGACUUUCCUUUCUGGGCGGGAAACGGGGAGCAAAUGCCGGAUGCGCGGAUCUCGUGGCAGAGUUUGGCAGCGAGUGUGAGAGGACAGCGAAAAAAGAAUGAAAAAAAAACACGAAUGAAAACAAAUAAAAAAAAAACAAACAAACAACCAAACCCUAAACAGAAUAUAGCGCUAAAUUUUAAUUAAAAUUAACGUUACAAAUGGUAAAAACAAUGCAGUCGCAGGAGGAUAGAAAUCUCUAGCUUAGGGAGAUGCUGAAGCAGAAACAAAAAAAAAAAAAAAAGAA